UAAGAUGAAGAAGUGGCUUUUAAACUUUUUUUUUCCUUAGAAGCUCAACUCUUCAACUUGUUCAAAUGACGAAUAUGAGAAAAGCCAAGUGUUUCUGGUUGAAAUGGGGAAGUAGGGCUGCAGCACGCCUCCUCCCUGACUCCCCUUCUAAUUAAGCCCCCAAGGGUGGUGGGAUGGCCACGUCUUGGACUCUGGGAUCUCAGCGGUCAGUGCCUGCCAGGCUGACCAUCUGUGUUCUGAGAACAAAGGAGGCAGCAAGGCCUGCAUGUUCUGGUUACAGCUCCUUGGGCACAUUAAAUGAUUAGAAGAGAACAGGAGAGGACUUUCUGAAUCUGAUAUUCAGACACUAUUCAGAGAUUUUAGGCUGUGCAGUAGAUGAAUUUCGCAGCGACUGCAAGGCGGGGCAGCCCCUUUGUGUGAGAAGGAGGUUUCAGCCAUUUUAGAAAAAAAAAGAAAUGAGGGCCCAGGAGAGAGGAAGCCCAGAAGGCUCACUUACCCUCUCCUAAUCUAGAAAAAGGAAAUUGCCGCCCCUGCCUUUCCAGGCCAGGGAUCGAGGUCUUGAAGAGACCGCCCACAAUCUCGCAGACACCUGGCUUCUAGGGUUGGUUGGUCGCCACGCCCCAGGGGAACCCUUGUCCCUCACCUCCCCGCUGUGCCACCUGGGCAGCUCUCUGGCCUUCGCUGCAGGCAGGUGUGCUCCAGAGGCUGCAGCCUGGGCCACCUGGCAGCUCCAGGUGCUGCGUAUGUGCUGCCAUGGAGACGGGCCCCAGUGUUGGUGGUGAGAAAGCAGUCUCCCAAAGCUUUGCGGAUUCUGGAGAGGAAGAGACUAGAGCCUCAGGCCCUUCAGGGUAGUCUGCCUAACCACUCUAGUGCCAAGGAAGCCCAGGACAUCUCCUGCCAGAUCUUCCAGCAUCUGGUCUGAGGAUGGCCGAGCCACAGGGCCGGGAGCCUGAGUGCCCUGUCUGCUGGAACCCCUUCAACAACACGUUCCACACCCCCAAAGUGCUGGACUGCUGCCACUCCUUCUGCGUGGAAUGCCUGGCCCACCUCAGCCUGGUGACUCCGGCUCGGCGCCGGUUGCUGUGUCCCCUCUGUCGCCAGCCCACUGUGCUGGCCUCUGGGCAGCCUGUCACUGACUUGCCCACAGAUACUGCCAUGCUCACCCUGCUCCGCCUGGAGCCCCACCAUGUCAUCCUGGAAGGCCGCCAGCUCUGUCUCAAGGACCAGCCCAAGAGCCGCUAUUUCCUGCGCCAGCCCCGGGUCUACACGCUGGACCUGGGCCCUGAGCCUGGGAGCCAGACUGGGCCCCCCCAGGACAUGGCCCCCUCUGCCAGGCCUAUGCCUGUUCCCAUCCCCAGCCACUACUCUCUCAGGGAGUGUUUCCGCAACCCUCAGUUCCGGAUCUUUGCCUACCUGAUGGCUGUCAUCCUCAGUGUCUCUCUGUUGCUCAUCUUCUCCAUCUUUUGGACCAAGCAGUUCCUCUGGGGUAUGGGAUGAGAAUCUGUUCCAGACAAAGAACCAAGCCCUUCUUGGCUGCUGCUGGGUAUGGGGACUAUAGAGCCUCAUUUGGAGCUGUCUUCUUUUGUAGUAUUGUUCAUUCUCACAAUCCAGGGGUGAUCUAGGCUGUUCAUCUGCUUCUGGAAACAGAGAGUCUUACUGUAAUGAAAAACCUCUAACAGCUAAAGGACUGGGAAAAGAUGAGAAGAGACCUCUGGGUGUGAACCACGGGCCAUGGAAGGACAGAAAAGCAGACCUGUGAUUACAGCGUUAUGUAGCAAGUUGUGCCAAAGUGCUGGACAAUGGUAUCCAGAAACCUGACCAGCUCAAAUAGCAAGUUACAUUUCUUACUGGAGCUGCUUUGAACUUGGAUCACAUUUUUUUUUGAGUUGCUCUUUUUACUACUUGUUGCUAAAACAUUUGGAACAUGCACUU